UAACUGUAUUUCGCCAUGUCUGUUUUAAGUAUGUAUUUUGUUUUCCUCUGGUGCCGUAUGCCUUCAAUCUAAAAUUACGAUCUGGAGCAUCGAAUUUCACUCCUUUUUGCCCUAUUUUCUGUUUGAUCUGAUCUUCCUUACUAACUUUUUAUUAUCUUCUUUCUCAAGACUCUACAAUAGUUGAUGACAACCAGUUGUUUGAUAUUCUACCAUCUUUUCAGAUGCAUCAGACGUUUAUAAACUCCCCAAUAAACAAAAGCCCCCAUAACUACUCCCAAAACAGCAAUACAUCCGCAACCCCCAAUGAAGAUGAUUCCAACAAUAUGAAUACCAAUGCCAUUACUAAUACCAAUACCAAUGAUAGUGAUAAUAAUAACAAUAUCGAUAACAGCCCUCAUUUGAUUCCAUUACCUGAUUAUUAUUCAAUCAACAAUGACAAUCUUCAUCAAGACAAUAACUAUCUCAACAUUAACUAUAAUCCUCAAGCAAGAAGAAUCUCAAAUGCAAGCUCAAUUAACACAAAUACAUCCUCAACUACAAACAAUUAUACAUCCUCAACUACAAACAAUUCAUACAACUCUUAUAUUUCAAAUAACUCAUUAAAUUCCAUAAACUCCACCAAUUCUACAAACUCACGUAAUUCUAAUUUCUCUAACAUCUCUAACAACUCUGAUACAUCGGUUGAGUCAAAUACCCCAGUUGAUUUGCUUGACACUUCAAUUAAUUUUGACAAAAUCCUUUCUUUGAAAAAAUCAAAUAACGCCUUUGUAAAACUAUCCAUAAUCUUAUUAUCACAUCCUGACAAAAUCAUCGAACUCAAUAAUGACGCAAUUGUAUAUGGCUACGCAUUGAUCGAAAACAUCUCCAAAAAACCAGUCAACUUUGAUAAUUUCUACAUCUCCUUGGAAGGUCACAUUGUAAUUCAAAAAUCAACCAACAAAUUGAUGACUAAAAACUUCCUCAAAAUGGUGGAUUUAAGUGCCUCCUGGUCUUAUGGUUACAUAAAACCUUCUUUAAAUAAACUAUCCUAUAACUUUGGCCAUUACCAAACAAACGUUAAAAACCCACUAACAAAUAAAUUAGAAACACACUAUUUGGGCCUACCUUCAAACAGAAUCCUUCUACCCCAUAUCAAAUACAAGAAAAACUUCAUCUUUAAAAUCCCUUCUUCAAAUGUCUUAGAUAACUCUUGUCGUCACAAUAUCCUCAGCCAUUUAUCCUUACCUCCUUCAUUUGGUGUCAAUAACCAUCAAGUUCCAAACUUCAGCGAUCUAACUCCAAAUAUAUUAACUGGUAUAGACUACGUCAAUAACCUUAAUGGCUCAACUAUUUUAACAAAAGAUUACAACCACAACACUUGUGUUUAUUACUCAGUCAAUGCCAAAUUAAUUCAAUCUCCAAAUAAUACUUCAAAUGACUAUUAUACUCCUCCUGAUUUAAGAGUCACUAAAAACUCUCAAUACUACUUGAGAUUUAUUCCUAUCGUUCAAAAAAAUUCUUUAAAUAACUCUAUCAAUUGUCUAAAUUCAGAUUUUAAAAAUGCAACAUCAACUGAUCAAUUGGACACCUUUUACAAUUCUUUACUUGAAUCAAAGGAAAACAUUAUUAAAAUUUUUAAAUAUAAAGAAGAACAGGAGGAACAAAACAAAAAUAUUACCGAUGAUAAUAAAAACUUUUCUAUUAAAGAAGAGGCUUUAAUGGCUCAAAAGGAAUUAGAAUUUUGUCAGUUGAAAUAUAUGGAUUUUUUCAAUAAUUCUCAACAAAAUCCUUCUCAUCCAAAUCUUGAUACUUCCAAUUAUACUACUACUUCAGAAGUCGAGGUUCACACUUCUAAUAAAUUAUUUCAAAGAAAAUCCCUUAAACUAUCUAACGAUCAGAUUAAAUCAAUACAUGCAACUAUUGACUUACCAAACUAUUAUUUCCCUUAUAUUCACCCAAAGAUUUUCCAUAAAGCUAAACAAUCUAAAUAUGACAUCUCCGAUCCAAAUCAAUUAAAGAUAUUUGAUUUUAAAAUUAAUUUCCCUAAAGACUUGAAAAGUUUGCCCAAAGUUGAAAAAAUUACUCUAGAUUUUACCUCAAUUACAGUUUCAUCUAUCAAAUCUAUUCCAAUUAAACUUUCUCCUUCAAUUUUCAUGAAUUCCUAUCUUUUAAAUUUUUCUAGAAAUUUAAAAAAAUUUGAUGAUGACUUUAAAGAAUUAGAUGAUUCAAUUACUAAAAAAUUCCCAAUUGAUAUCAUUCAUGCAAUGGAAGCAUUGCAAGCAAUUAAAAUUGAACAAGACAAAUUCCAAAUUUUAAAUGUUGAACAAUUCUCUUCAUUUCAAUCUCAAAAUCAAAAUCAAAUUAAUUGCUCAAUUAAGUGGGAUUUCAAAAAAAAUAUCCCAAACACUAAAACUAUUGUUCCCAGUUUUCAAACAUGCCUUCUCAGCAGGUUAUAUUAUGUUAGUGCAAAUGUUAUUUUUGAUAAUAAGAUGGUAAUUAAAGUUCCAAUUCCUGUAACUGUUAGUGCUUAUUGAAAUCAAAAUUGAAAAAUAAACAAACUAAAAAACGUCAAAAUACUAAACAAUAAAUUUGUUCCAAAAAAAUAUUAUAAAACUGAUGAAUUUUUUUUUUUC